AUGGGCUCCAGAAUACAUCUUGACUCCUCACUAUUCUGGUCUGACAUCGACCCUGUCCUGACUGGAAACUACUUGAAAGUUUGUAAAAACUUACAUAGUGAGCAGGUUGCCAAGUUACAAGCCAAAAAUCAACAAGAAUGUGACUUAUUAGAAGAUAUUAGAAAUUUUACGAAGCAAAGAUCAGCAAUAGAAAAGAGUUAUGGGGAGGCUCUUUGUAAAAUUGCUGCCAAUUACCAAAACAGGAAGAUAGCGUGUGUGCCAGACAUACGCCUGGAAGAUGGAUCCGAUGCCUGGAACGUGUACAGUGUGUGGCGAACCGUGUUGGACGAAACGGAGAAGCUUGGGAAAGCAAGAUUGGCUGCCGUCGAGGUGUUUCAACAAAAUAUCGCAGAAGAUGCAAAACAAACGCGACAAAAUAAAAUCCAUUUAGGGAAAAAGCUUUCAGAACAGCUGAAAGUCAUACAGAGUGAACUCCAGAACCAAGUGCAAGACUUGGACAGAACGAAGAAGGUUUAUUACGAGGAGGAACACGUAGCUCAUGACGCAAGGGAAAAGGCCAGCGCAGCGGAAGAGAAACUCAAGAGGAAAAAAGGCUCGAUAUUCCAGUCUAUACAAUCGCUACAGAAGAAUAGCGCGAAGUUUUCAGCAAAACGUGAUAUCUGUGACGAGAAAUCAGCCGGUGCCCGCAAUGAUUACCUCCUGGCACUCACGGGCGCAAACACGCACCAAAGACGCUACUAUGAAAUCGACUUCGAAAGAGUGCUCCGGACAAUGGAGUGUGACAUGUACGACAAGGUGGCCGGCUACUUGACCCUCAUGAGCCGGACGGAGCUGCUAACCUGUUCGGCUUCACAGGUUUCCUAUACCAGGAUUCGAGAGCAGGCCAGCACGAUUACCAGAGGCUACAACCUGCGCUGCUACCUCACCUUCUACCCUAUGCUGGGCCAGAAUAUCAAUUACGACUAUGAACCUUGCGAGGGCGACAAAAUAGACAAGCUUGUGGUUCACGAUGAGACCUGCCAGGGUAUCUUGGACAAUGAGAGCAAGAAAGCGGUUGGCGUUGUGCAGAAGGAGACGAAGGUGAUUCGCGACGUCACCAAGAAACUGCAGAAGGUGCAAGCGACGAUCAAGACGGAGGCUGACCUCACUCCUGAUGUGGAGGCGAAGGUGGACGAACUGAGGAAUAUCAUCCGGAAGGCGGAGACGAACAAGUGCAAAGCGGAAGCCAAGUUGGAGCUGCUCAAGGAAGGAGGAAUCGAGAUCGAGGACUACUCAAAGAGCCUAGACAGCGACAGCCUCGGCGUGGACCUGGACGUGUCUCUCAGCCGCUCAGGGUCGUCGCUCUCCGUCAGAGAAGAGGUAAACCCGCUUAGAUAUAAGGCCGAAUGGAAGUUUAGAUAUAAGGUGGAUAUAAGUAUGGGCGACACGGUUGAAUAUAAGGUUAGAUAUAAGGUUAAUAAGGUUGAAUAUAAGGUUAGGUAUAAGGCUGAAUAUAAGAUCGAAGGCGCGCCCACGGAGUACGAAAAUGAACAGCAAGACUCGGACUACGUGGCUACAUCUACAGCGGAACCUGUUUCUAUAGAUUCAGAGAAGGAGGAUAUCAAACUGGAGCCGACCAUGUGGGACCCGACGAACGUGGACUGGGGAGACCCACCGGUAUCCCCGCUGCCACCAGUAACCAACGGACCACCGGAGGAACCAGGAACUUACCCCAAGUGCAUUGUGCUGUACAACUACACUGCCCAAAAUCCCGACGAACUCAGUAUUAUCGAGAACGAAGAACUGGAGCUCCUGGGCGAGGGAGACGGCGACGGCUGGGUGAAGGCGAGGAACUACAAGGGAGAGGUGGGCUACAUCCCCCAGAACUACAUAGAGGAGGAGGAGAGCGGGUCGGCGCCCCCCCAGCAGCCGGACUUCGCCAAUUUCCCCGAGGUGACUCCUGCGGCCACCAAACCCGAGGGCGCGCAGAGGGGGAUGUCCUUCUCCUCUGUGGAAUACAAUCUCGAGAACAGCGAAAACGUCCCAGUACUCUACAAGGCCCUUGCAUGCACCGUUGUACCGACUCUGCAUCAGCUCAAUGGGUCAUCGUCUAUUAAGGGAGUGUUGUAUGAUAGCACUGGAUUUCACCUGAAUGGUGCUGAGGAAUACCCUGCCACAGAUGACUUCCCCAGCGAGCCUCCCCCUGACCUUCCCCCACCAGCGCCCCCUGCCGAUACCCUGGAAAAGGCCCCUAUCAACCUGCCGACGCUGUCCCUGCCGGUCGACACCUCCUCCUCCCACGGACUCGCCGAGUACUGCAUUGCUGUGUACGACUACGAAGCUACAUGUCCUGAGGAGAUCACCUUCUUCGAGGGUCAGCUGAUCAAGAUCCUCAAGCGGGCCGUGCAUGAUGUGGAUGACGGGUGGUGGGAAGGCGAGGUGGAUGGCCAGGUGGGACUCUUCCCCUCGCUGGUGGUGGAGGAGUGUCGUUCCGAUGGAGAACCACUCACGCCAGAUGUAAGUCGAGCCGUCUCUGGAGCUUCGCCGUGCACGACCCCGCCCCCCCACACGCCUCCUGAGGUUCCCGGCUUCCUCCUGCCGCCGGAACGCGUCAUUAUCACUCAGCCGACGCCGGAGGUGGAGACCGCGGCGGAGGCGGCUGAGAAACCCGAGGAACCGUCGAAAGAAACACCAUCGAACUUCGACCAACCGAACUUCGAGCUGGAGCUGAGCGGAACGCAGCAGGAGCUCUACUCGCGGCAGUUCAGUUCUUCCCCCGAAAGCGAAACGACCGAGAAGGACCAGCAGUACGCGGAGUUGGUGUCUAGUCCCGAUGUCUCCAAUCAGGAGGAGGAGUUAGUGCAAUCAGCAGCAACAACACCAGAGGCCUAUGAAGAGAAUGGUGACGUUGACUUCCAGCGAGAGGACUGGGAUCCCUCUGCGGCCACCACCCCAGCAGAGCAGGUGGAGGUGACACAGUUAGACAAGUUAGAACAUAUUCAGAACGCCUCCCAGAUAAAGACGAUAGUUCCUGUCUGA